AUGGGAUAUGAGGAAGCAACAGAGGUCACUCGUCUCUUAAAUGAAGGAAGGUACAAGAAUUGGUACCGCGAAUCGAGUUUUGCAUAUUCCAUAUUGAGUGCUGGCGUAGCUCAUGCGGUGACACGUGCUUGCAGUCAAGGUAUCAUUACUUCUUGCGGAUGCGCGAAUUAUGGGAAGGUUAAUAACAAAUAUCGCUGGAAAUGGGGAGGAUGCUCGCAAAAUAUCGUCUUUGGCAUUGAAUUUUCACGGAUUUUUCUGGAUGGAAAGGAAAAAGCGGGAGAUAUUAAAAGUGUUAUUAAUUUGCAUAAUAAUCAUGCGGGAAGAAUGGCUUUAGCAAACCACAUGCAACUCAAAUGCAAAUGCCAUGGCUUAUCGGGAAGUUGCACUCUCAAAACUUGUUGGUCGAAACCUUCUGACUUCCGUUUGGUUGGAAAAACUCUCAAAGAUCAGUAUAAAAAUGCAAUUUUCGUCGAUCAAUCGAACCGCGGCAGUAAAUUAAUCGUCAACAAACAAAAAAAGAACAAAAUUUUACCGAGUCUAAAAAUCGUCGAGUACACAAGUGAUAUUUUGUUGAAUUUAAAAAACCGUAAAUUGGAGAUGGCAUUAUUUUAUUACCAAAAGUCACCGAAUUAUUGCAAUGAGGAUAUCGGAAAUGGAGAACAACAGGAAGAAUUUGUGAGAGACGAAGCAAAAACAAUGAUGGCUGUAGAUCGCUUUGUUGCUCGAGAGGAUAUGACUUGGUAA